UCAUUGUUGCAGCAGCUGUUGUUGUUGGUAUUUGGUUAGCAAAAAGUGUUUGCAUUAAAUCAUUCGAUGAUUUAUUAUAGACUGCUUUGCUACGUGUGAGUCCAUAUGGGAAUUUUGAUGGCUUUCUAUUGUUGCCAAGCUGCCAGUCUAGCCAAAAGUUUUUGCUACUAACAAAUAAAGCCAAAUCACAGCAAGCCUAAAGACAAGCAUAAGGAGUAGAAUGUGGAGUCGAAACUGAAGUGAGGGACUUUCCAUUCAUAAAAACAACAGUUACUUGCAUUCCACACCGCAAAGACAGGCAAAAGCAAAAGGGCUGCAAGGUGGAGAGAGCCGUAGUGAGAGAGGGAGAGAGCUUUGCAGCGCUGCAGCGUCAACAAGUUUUUUCUCUGUCGGUCAGCUGUUGUGGACGCCAAGUGGAUGCCAUGUCUACUUAGUACACCAGUUGCGUCUUGUGGAACACAAGGCUUGUUUACAGCCGAAACAGCUGUUUUGGGCGCUGCCGCCGCCGCUGCCUCAGCCGCCGCGCUGGCAACACUUUCGUCAGGCGCACAGGAAACUGUUUCGUGUCGGCUGUCAGCGCGCGCCAACCAGAUGGUCCCAGCAUUUUUCAGCUUUUCAGUUGGCUUUUCAUUGCGGCGCCGCACGCACGUGUCUCGGCAACGGCUACGAAUCGGCAUCAGUGGAUAUCAGUAGCGCCCCGUCUGACUGUGUGCUUGUGUUACGCUUCUCUGUGCUGUGCGUCGUCAAAAAAAUAUACAAAAAAAAACGAAAAUAAAUGAAAAAAAAUAUUUAAAAUAUAAUUGAAAUAUCUCGUCUGCAGCGAACAUAAAAUUGAUAUGAUUUUUUUUCUCGGCAUCGUGCAACGAUGAUAAAUGCCAGCUGAAUUUUGACUUUAACAGGAAUCGCGAAAGCCCCAAGUGAAGCGCUGCUUCAAUUUUCUGGCUUUGGUUAGCUACGGCAACAGGAUAAAGGAAACAAGUUGAAUAUUGGAAUAUCGAAGAGCUGCCGCAAAAGUAAUAUUAAUGAGGAGACAGAGCUUGGGCCGCGGCUUGAUGUUGACAGCGCACAGCUGAAACGCAACUGAAGCAGCAGCCAGAGCCUCAAAAGCCACAGCCGCAGACACUUGGCCCAAGUAGGAGUUGUUAUAGCGACUCCUGCCCAGUCACACCACGGACGCAAUCAACCAAUAGCACUACCACCACCACCAUCUGACGACCGAAAUUGACAACAUGGUCACGAACAUGUCGGAGCCGCAUUAUUGCGGCGCCAGCAUCGAUGAUUUUCACACGAACUAUAAAUAUAUCCAUGGCUACUUUUCGCUCAUCGUCUGCAUUUUGGGCACUUUGGCCAACACAUUGAACAUUAUUGUGCUAACACGUCGCGAGAUGCGUUCUCCCACCAAUGCGAUACUCACGGGCCUGGCUGUGGCCGACCUGGCUGUCAUGCUGGAGUAUAUGCCCUACACUGUGCACGAUUAUAUACUCAGUGCGAGUUUGCCGCGUGAGCAACAGCUCAGCUAUAGUUGGGCCUGCUUCAUCAAGUUUCACUCGAUCUUCGCGCAAGUGUUGCACACCAUCUCCAUUUGGCUGACAGUUACGCUGGCCGUCUGGCGUUAUAUUGCCGUUAGCUAUCCGCAACGGAAUCGUAUUUGGUGCGGCAUGCGCACCACCACAAUAACCAUAGCUACAGCCUAUGUGGUGUGCGUGCUGGUGGUGUCGCCGUGGCUAUAUUUGGUCACCGCAAUAGCCAAGUUUCUGGAGACACUUGAUGCCAAUGGCAAGACAAUUAAAUCCGUGCCUUUGAGUCAAUACAUCUUGGAUUAUAACAACGAGGAGCACAUCACGAUGCAAGUGAUGUCUAGCACCACACCGGACAUGGCCUGGUCGCUGGCCACGGGCGGCAGCAACACCACAGUGGUCAAUAUGCCAAGCUUCUCCACAGAUUUGGCCACUGUAACAACCACAGUUCUACCCGACACUGGAGAGCGCAACGUGACGGUCUAUAAAUUGUACCACAGCGAGCUGGCACUUCACGAUCGCCCCCUGCGCAAUGCCACAUUUCUCAUUUACAGCGUGGUGAUCAAGCUGAUACCUUGCUUUGCACUGACUGUGCUUUCUGUGCGCCUGAUUGGCGCUCUGCUGGACGCGAAAAAGCGGCGCAAGAUACUCGCCUGCCAUGCGGCCAACGAUAUGCAGCCCAUUGUCAAUGGCAAGGUUGUAACGCCCACACAACCUAAAAGUUGCAAGCUGUUGGAGAAAGAAAAGCAAACGGAUCGCACCACACGCAUGUUGUUGGCCGUGUUACUGCUCUUUCUCAUCACAGAAUUUCCACAGGGUAUUAUGGGUUUGCUGAACGCGCUGCUAGGCGAUGCGUUUCUCAUGCAGUGCUACCUGAAGCUGAGUGACCUAAUGGAUAUCUUGGCACUUAUUAAUUCGAGCAUUAAUUUCAUACUCUACUGCUCGAUGAGCCGACAGUUUCGCAGCACAUUUACGCUGUUAUUCCGGCCGCGUUGGCUCGACAAAUGGCUGCCGCUUUCGCAGCAUGAUGGCGAUGGGCGCGAUGGCGCCGGCGGUCGAUUGGAUGGCUAUGGCAGGCAGCGUCUGGUGCAAACAGAUGCUGUUAGCAAGAGCAUGGCCAUUGAUCUGGGCCUGACGACGCAAGUGACGAACGUGUAGCAGGAGUGCAGCAGGGCAGUG